AUGGAGACUCGCCUUCUAAUCAAAGCUCUGGCCUUUAUUCUUUUGAUGGUUGUUGGAAUUCCUGGAAAUGUCUUUAUUCUGUUAAAAUUUACCUACAUCAAAAUAAUUGAGAAGAAACUCUUACCGGCGAAUGUAAUUUUGAUGGUUCUAGCUUUGUCUAAUAUUCUUGUGGUCUGCUCCCGUGUCAUACCACAAGCUCUAGACUCUAUUGGUGUAAAAGACCUGCUAGAUGAUACUGAAUGCAAACUGGUCCUUUUUACCUUCAGAGUCAGCAGGGCUAUGUCUAUUUGCAUUACUAGUUUUCUCAGCUGUCACCAGUGUAUACUUGUUGCUCCCAUUAAUAGAUAUUGGACUUGCUUAAAGGAAAAAGUAUCUAAGAAUGUUGCACUUAUCACCAUUCUACUCUUAGCCAUGAAUGCAUCUCUAUAUCCUUCAACCACUCUGUAUGGAAAAGCAAAAUCCAACUAUACCUCACAUUACUCAUUGCAUUUGGUUUAUUGUGAUGCAGAUUUUCUUACAUAUAUUUCUUUCUUGUUAAAUGGGCUAGUUUCUGUAAUUCGGGAGAUCAUAUUCGUUGGACUCAUGACUAUGUCAAGCAGUUAUAUGUUGUCUAUAUUAUAUCAGCAUGGCAAAAAUAUUAAAGGUAUACGUAGUUCUGACCGUGGUCAAGCCAAGUCUGCAGAAUACAGGGCCUCUAGAGCAGUCAUUUUAUUAGUUGCCCUAUAUGUUGUGUUAUAUGGCAUGGAUAAUUCUAUGUGGAUCUAUACUUUGUCACUGUCCACUGUAAGUCAGGAAACAAAUGACACUAGGAUAUUCCUUGCUGCCUCCUAUUCUGCCCUAAGUCCUAUUCUUAUUAUAGCCACAAACCCUAAGCUACACCGGUCAGCACAAAGUACACGGAAAUACAAACAAAAUGAGAUAUAUAAAAAAGGCAUACAAAAUGUAGUGUUUGUGAGCUGUGUUAGUCAAACUUUAAAACAUGAUAUAAUACCUUAG